AUGGUCAAGGGAGAGUUUUCGUUAAAUGGAGAACCCCUGGACAUAACUCAAAGGCUAAUCCACCGUUACUAUGACGCUCUUUGGGCAGCAAAAAACGAUGCUGACUUAAAUUCGAGCUCCUCAGGGGAUGAAAAUGGCAAAAAUUCUAACGAUGGCAAUGACGGUCAUUCUGAUGAGGCAUCUGGCGGAACAUUUCGAAAACUAGCUUUCAUAGUAAAGAGAAUGUUUAGUCGAGAUUAUGAACGAAAUGUUUUGAUAGAGAAAGUUACCCAAGAAAAACAGCAUGCAACGUCUUAUGAAGAAUGGCUUGCUGCCGCACUUCGGCUUGACGAACUAACACGCACCAAUGAAUGGAAGGCGCGAGAAGAAAGUGUUCUCUACGACUACAAAUUCAUUCAAACUCACACUCAAAACAUGAGACAGGCCCGUCUGAAUAAGGACUAUGCUCAAUUGUUGUACCUGAUACGAACGACCUGGAUCAGGAACUUGGGAAAUAUGGGUAAUGUAAAUCUUUACAGGCACUCUCAUGUGGGUACGAAAUAUGUCAUUGACGAGUAUAUGCGCGAAUCAAAACUAGCGCUGCAGGAGCUAGUACGACAUUCCGAUUUGGACGAAAGCUAUCUUUUGGGUAUGCUCGUACAAACGCGCAAAAACAUCGGUCGAACAGCUCUCGUUCUGAGCGGUGGUGGCACAUUUGGCUUAUUCCAUAUCGGGGUCCUGUCAACCCUCCUAGAACAGGAUUUGUUGCCUCGAGUAAUUAGCGGCAGUAGCGCAGGCGCUAUUGUUGCAAGUAUUUUGUGCUCUUGCCAUAGGAGGGAAAUUGUCGGACUUGUGGAGAGUGUUCUGGAAAAGGAGCUCAACAUUUUUCAAGAUGACUCCGAAAAGACUCAAGGUGAGAACCUUCUUAUCAAGAUUUCAAGAUUUUUCAAAAGUGGUACCUGGUUUGAUAACAAGAAUUUGGUCAAAACCAUGAUAGGCUUUCUCGGCGAUUUGACAUUCAGAGAAGCUUACAAUAGAACUGGUAAAAUACUUAACAUCACUGUAUCACCAGCAUCUGUUUUUGAGCAGCCGGGUUUACUGAAUAACUUGACGGCGCCCAAUGUCCUGAUUUGGUCUGCUGUCUGCGCCUCUUGUUCCUUGCCAGGUAUUUUUCCCUCCACACCACUUUACGAAAAAGAUGCGAAAACAGGAGAAACGCGGGAAUGGAACAGCGGAACUGUGAAAUUCGUCGACGGAUCUGUGGAUAAUGACCUCCCAAUCUCAAGGCUCUCUGAGAUGUUUAACGUUGACCACAUCAUCGCUUGUCAAGUCAACUUACAUGUGUUCCCAAUCUUGAAAAUGUCUGUUUCGUGCGUUGGCGGUGAAAUAGAAGAUGAGUUCAGUGCUAGGUUUAGACAGAACUUGUCUUCGGUUUAUAAUUUUGUUUCCAACGAAAUUAUUCAUGUUCUCGAAAUAGUAACGGAACUGGGCAUUGCCACCAACGUUCUCACCAAAUUUAGAUCCAUCUUGUCUCAGCAAUACUCUGGAGACAUUACCAUCCUACCUGACAUCAAAAUGUUGUUCAGACUAAAUGAGCUUUUGGCUAAUCCCUCAACUGACUUUCUGCUACGGGAAACAGUAAAUGGUGCAAGAGCUACUUGGCCCAAGAUCUCCAUUAUAAAAAACCAUUGUGAACAAGAAUUCGAGCUGGAUAAAGCAAUAUCUUAUUUGAAAGGAAAGAUUAUCUCAAAUCCCACUUUUACGACAAAAAACCCAUUUCAAUUUACCGACCUUUCAAUUUCUCUUAUUAAUACGCCUGAAAUGCCCAGUCAUGACGAGCAAGUUCCUAACGAUCUGGAUGAUACCCUCUUGAAUCACCACGAGACUGAAAGAAUGUUGGUAAUCAACGAUUCCUCCAAGAGGCCUCAUUCGUAUGGCAAAACAAGCAUCUCAAUCGCUGACGCGAGCAAAAGCUUACAUCACCACCGUCGUAAGUCUGACUCGUAUGCCAAAGGGAAAACUGGCGCUCGGUAUAGCAUAUCACAUCCGGGCACGACCACUUCACACAUCUCCACAAAGCUCUUACCAACUUUGAUGGGUUACAGCCCUCGAAUGGAUAGAAAGAAAAGCGUUGGACAACUUCCAUCUUCCUCUGCCGCCAGCAGACCGCUUGAUAGUAAUUUUAGGUUGGAACCGAAAAGGCACAGCAGCAGCUUCACAGCUCUUCACGGCCCGCGAAACUCCAAUAUCUACUCCUCUGUUCGAACCAAUCCACCAUCGCCGCUAUCAGCUCCAAUAAACACCAAUAUCGAAGGAGCCUCACGAAAAGGCUCUUUCUCAUCUUACGAAUCGCCACUGAAAGCAUACUACAAACGUGGUGCAAAACCGCAUAAGGGUAGGAACUCUGCAACCAACCGCUCCAAUUCAACAGGCUCAGCUAAAUACAAGUCUUCAGGGAAAGCGAAAACGGGUCCCAAGCCAGAUUUGAAGGCCGUUUCGUAUGUUGACGAUAGCGCAAUAGAUCCAGUUGAUCCAGUAGGUGACGAGGAAAUUGACAAAGAGAGCAACUAA